AAAGGCUGCAGAGAACAAUAUUGAGAUGGAGGAUUGAGAAACAAACAUUCCUGGACAUGCUUCAAUGUUUCCUAAGAAUUCGAAUGAUCAGAUCAGUCUGUCAUUCCGAGAUGAUCUAGUUAAUAUAAAGUUUCGACACAUUUACAUGCUGAUUUUUGGUUGUUGUUUGAUCUUCAUAGAAUUUUGAAAAUAUGGGUGUUUUGGAUAAAUUCUUGUUUUUUACAUGCCUUGUUCUUUAUUCACAGAGAGUGAUCAAUGCCUCAUCGAAUUGCAGAACAGAGCCGUUUGAAUGUCGUGAAGAACAAUGCGAGGCAACCAACUCUAUCGCAUAUAAUGGAAGUAAUUAUGAAUGGGAGGAUGUUAAUACCGAUACAAAUAUACGAGGGGAUGAUCUGUGUAAGCUUCUCUGUAGGACAACAGGACUGCCUGUAAAUUUUAACGAUGACAGGCCUGGGGACUUUGCGGAUGGAACCCAAUGCUGGGAUUGGGACGAAAGUGAUAUUAAAUCAACUAAACGAUGCAUGGGAGGACAAUGCCAGAAUUUUGGUUGCGACAAUGUUUUGAAUUCCGGUCAGCUUUAUGAUGCCUGUCAUGUAUGUGGAGGGGAUGGUUCGUCAUGUACCUGCUUCCCAAAGAUUAAUUAUUCUCCCACAAUCACUAGAUUUAUGUUGUCUGAGCUUGCUCGAAUACCAGCCGGGGCAACGAACUUAAUAUUUACCAACAAUGGACCGGGAAUAAAUAAUCUAGGCUUGAGUUCAGGAGGCAGAAAUAUCAUUAAUAGUUUUCUACGAAUAUAUGGACGCUACACAGCAUUUAACAUGACAUUUGAGUAUUUCCAGGUCUAUAAUGCAUCUACGAUACGACUUCUUACCGAACCAACAACCGCACCUCUUGAGCUGAAAAUAUUUAAGUUCUCAUUACCUAGCGUCAACCUUACCAUCAACUACUGCCUGCCCAAGCCAGAGUUGUCAUCUAGUGUCCUUACAAUAGCUUCUACAAUUACUUCAAGUUCUUCAUCAGCACUGUCUGCUCAAUCUUCAGUGUCUCCAUCGGUAAUGCUGACAUCUUUGCCCAGCGUCACUUUGGCCUCUUCAGAGUUGUCAUCCAGUGUCCCUAAGAUAGCUUCUUCGACAGUUCCUUCAAGUUCUUCAUCAGCACUGUCAGCUCAAUCUUCAGUGACUCCGUCUCCAUCGGUAAUGCUGACAUCUUUGCCCAGCGUCACUUUGGCCUCUUCAGAGUUGUCAUCAAGUGUCCCUAACAUAGCUUCUUCGACAGUUCCUUCAAGUUCUUCAUCAGCACUGUCUGCUCAAUCUUCAGUGACUCCAUCGGUAAUGCUGACAUCUUUGCCCAGCGUCACUUUGGCCUCUUCAGAGUUGUCAUCCAGUGUCCCUAAGAUAGCUUCUUCGACAGUUCCUUCAAGUUCUUCAUCAGCACUGUCUGCUCAAUCUUCAGUGACUCCGUCUCCAUCGGUAAUGCUGACAUCUUUGCCCAGCGUCAAUUUGGCCUCUUCAGAGUUGUCAUCCAGUGUCCCUAAGAUAGCUUCUUCGACAGUUCCUUCAAGUUCUUCAUCAGCACUGUCUGCUCAAUCUUCAGUGACUCCGUCUCCAUCAGUAAUGCUGACAUCUUUGCCCAGCGUCACUUUGGCCUCUUCAGAGUUGUCAUCCAGUGUCCCUAAGAUGGCUUCUUCUAAAGUUCCUUCAAGUUCUUCAUCAGCACUGUCUGCUCAAUCUUCAGUGACUCCGUCUCCAUCGGUAAUGCUGACAUCUUUGCCCAGCGUCACUUUUGCCUCUUCAGAAUUGUCAUCCCGUGUCCCUACAAUAGCUUCUACAAUUACUUCAACUUCUUCAUCAGCAUUAAUUGCCCUAUCUUCAGAGGCUCCUUCUACCAUGCAAUCUUCCUCAACACUCUUGGCCUCCAAUUCAUCCAUCUCCCUAUCUAUGGUCGGAACAACCAGUUUCUUCCCUGUUAUGACAGCCUCAUCAUUGCUACAAUCUUCCAUGUCAUCUCCACCCCUAACAAUGAUGUCUUCUCCUACACUUCUAUCGACAUCAUCUCUAGUCACGACAUCCCUUUUGGGUACAACCAGUUCAUCAGUGAUGGCACAGACCUCAAUAUUUUCUUCUACUGUUGCAAACAUACGCCCAACACCCAGUAUGGUUCAAUCAAAAAGUGCUGUUGACAUGCCAGGUACACACACGGCAACUCCAUCAGUCCGUGAGGAAAUGACCAUGAGUACUGCAACUCCAAUACAACCAGAAAAGACAGUUGGCGCUUCACAACAGCUGAGUGGCAGUGCCAUAUUUGGAAUAGUCUUCACAGUUUUAUUUGUUUGCAUCCUCAUUGCCACCAUCGCCAUCCUCUGUGUUGUCAACUUUAAAAUGCGUCGCACAAUGAAAAGAAACGCUGAAUCAACCACUCAACUGACACGCCUUUGAGAGAGAUCAGUACAAUUAUUUUCAAGGUUUUAUCUAUUCCUGCUUCAAACUAAAUGUAAUUCUGCUGUUUAUGACCAUCCAACUGCAGACCGAUUCAGUUUGGGUGGGCAAAAUGUUUCGAUAGUAAUUUCUAACUUGGGGGUUCGUGAUUGUGUUUUUAAGCAUUUUUGUCUCACCUGCAUAGCAGAGUGAGACUAUAGGCGCCGCUUUUCCGACGGCGACGGCGGCGG